GAUAACGGCAUUUGUAUCCCCUUAUACUACGCUUUUUUCAACCUUGCUUUGUUAUUGUGAUUGAUUCGCACGUUUGCAACUGUGUAUUUCAUUGACGAUUUCUUGUCCACGAAUAAACAAUAGAAAACAUGGCCGGUGCUGCAACUAAAGGUUCAUCACUAGUGAACAGAUUACUCGUCCAGGCUCGUCCUCAAUUGGACACCUUUUUGAGAUACGCCAAAGUUGAGUUGACUCCCCCAACACCUGGAGACAUUCCCGCUAUCCGCCAAGGCUUAGGCCGCUUAAUUACUGGUGCCCGCACUGGCGCCUACAAGAAUUUAACUGUUCGCGAGGCUUGGCUCAACACCUUGGUCACCAUGGAGGUAUGCUUCUGGUUCUACAUUGGUGAAUGUAUUGGCAAACGUCACAUUGUUGGUUAUGAUGUUUAAGAAGCAAACGUCGGAAUAUUCUCGUUUUCUAUGUUUAGAUUACUAAAAAAAUAUACUUCUUGCGGUCUAUGCGAUGGUCCUGAACAGAGUUUGGCGCAUUUUGUGUGAAAUUUCAUUUUCGAGCAGUGAUUAAACAUAAUUCCAUAAUAAAAAAUGAAAUUCAACCAAUAA